AAGGUAUAACAAACAAGCUCCAAGCUAGGUGCAGAGGAUUUUUAAAAAAGAAAUCGUGAUCUUUUGCCACACAUUGAUAUUAGGGAUUUUCCACAUUAUUACACAUUGUUCCCUUGAAGAUUACCUGCAUCACCGCAAAGAAAGGAGCGGAGUGAGGAAGCGACGAAGUCAUAGAGGAGAACCAGGGGGAAGUGAAAAGAAUUGAGAAAGCCGUAGCUGCCAUGAGCUCUUGCCCUAGCGUAAGCGAAUUAGGGCCCCAUUUCGAGUGUACAAUUCGUUUACCUACGCCUGACUCUGUAUCAGCUAAUAUUUUGUUUACCAUCCUCAAGUACGAGCAAAGUCUGAGCGGCAUAACAAAACAAGUGGAUUUGUGUCAAAAUGACACUACCUCUAGUACUGUUGUGAUCGUGCUCCAGGGGGCGACAAUGCGCUCUUUGCGUGUCGCUGUAAACUCGACGCUGGAACAGGCAAAAUUAGUACUUCGAACUAUGCGAUUGUACCCACCGAAUACUCAACAAUGCGAAGCAUAAAAGGUUAUUUCGAGUGAUUGUCAACAUCUGGUGCUUCUAUCAUUUUUUUUAUCCGACAUUG